AUGGAUGAUUACAUGUUUCAAUUCCAUGUGCGCAGCUGUAAAAACGUCGAAGAGAAAACGAGCUAUCUCGAAAUAUUCAACUAUUCGGAUGCCUCCCUGAACUCGAUAGAGGAACAUCCAUUGACCGACGAUGAGUUCGAGAAUUUCCUACACCGGAGGGGCGCCUUUGAGCCUCCCAAGCUUAAGGAAGGGGUCGAGCUCCUGAAUGGCAUGAGGCUCAUUCUUCAGAAGAACGCCAACCAUCCGGAAACGUUCACACGGCAGUACAUAUCUUUCACAGCGGCCCAGUACGAGUCGAUGAUACGGACGCUGAAGCUGCCGUUCCGCGCAGUCGAGGGCACUGCCGUCGUCGGCCCCUUCUUCUGGUGCGCCUACGACCAGGACGACGCGGACCCGCACCUUCAGAUCGUCUACCGCAAGUCCGAUGUCCGCAAGAAGGGCAAGACGCGCGGCUGGGAGCUCAUGCUGUCCCACUCGUACAACACGGGCAUCACGACGGGCUACGCCAAGGGCACCGAGUCCUCCGACCUGGUCGCCGCGGUGACGCACCUGCAGGCCUGCGCGCGCCAGGUGGCCCACCCCUUCCUGCUGCCCGUCAUCAUCUUGUCGCACGACCUGAGCCCCAAGAACGACCAGAAACAGCGCGACGCGCGCGAGUGGCUUAGGAAGCUCGAGCACGCCGUCAGCAUGCGCAACGAGAUCGUCGAGGACGAGGGGUACGUCAAGGACGCCAGCUUUGACCUGGACCAGAUCAACCGCGACCUGGUCGAGUGCCACUCGCAGGUCCUCUGGAAGCGGCCGCAGGCCUACCAGGAGAUCGUGGCCGAGAUCAGGAAGGGGAUGGGCAGGUUCAUGAACAAGCUCCCGCACGCGCGCAGGGAGGCCGAGCUGGACAAGCUCCACCGGAGCAUGCUGAGCAGGCUCGACUUUUACGUCGCCAAGCUGAAGGGCAUCGAGCACUACGCGGCGACGACCCUGGCGCGGCUGGACAUCCAGCGCAGCGCACUGUACAACAUCAUCGCGCAGAAGGAGUCCAAGCUCAACCUCGAGAUGGCCGGCCAGCAGCGGCGCCUGGCCCACGCCUCCAAGCGGGACAGCACGAGCAUGAAGACGCUGUCAUUCCUCGGCACCAUCUUCCUGCCCGCGACGUUUCUGGCCUCGGUCUUCUCCAUGACCUUCUUCAACUUCCAGGACAAGGACCGGGCCGUGGCGCCGACGCUGUGGGUCUACUUCGCCAUCACCAUCCCCCUGACGCUCAUCAUCGUCGUCUCGUGGCGCUAUUGGGACAGGAAGCGCGAGAAGGCCUUUGCGGACGAGGACUUGGACUUGGAGUCCGGCAUUGACAAGCUCGAGGCGCAGAUCAUGGCCAGCAUGCGGAAGAGGACGAUGAGCAAGGUGAGGACCUGGGCUGGGGUGCCCCUGAACAAGAUGGAGUAA